ACUUCGAAAGAAUCGUAUAAUGCAAUUAAUUACUGACAAAUGUACAAAAAUGCAACAUAGUGAUAUUAAUUCAUUGAUACAUUUUAUUCGAGAUGUAACUAUCGUUUGUCUUAUAAUCUUGUCGUUAUUUUCGAUCGAAGGAAAACGAUAUCGUGGAAUACUAGGCAUGUCGAAUCGUAUUAAAUUACGACGACUCGGUUAUAGUCGCGAACAAUUGAAAGGAAAAAUUUGUUAUGAUCUAGUCGGGUGUUUUGCCGAUCCACCGGCCCACUUAUCUUUCAAAAGACCUCCCGAGAAUCCAAAUGUUAUUAAAAGCAAAUUUUUAUUAUAUACCAGAAGCAAUCGGGAAAAUCCGAAGGUUGUUACAUAUACGGAUAAGUCCGAGUCGUUGUUACAAUCUCGAUUGAAUGUAUCGAAGCAAUUGAAAGUUAUGAUACACGGCUUCAAAGGUAGCGGUAACGAUAAAAGUUUAAUUCACGGGAUUAAUGCUCUCCUCGAUCUGGAGGAUGUAAAUAUAUUGAUUGUGGAUUGGACAAGAGGAGCAGGCACAACUUAUGCGGCUGCAGUAGCUAAUACCGAAUUGGUUGGCCGACAACUUGCCCUUAUCCUUUUAGAUGCCUUCAACUUGGGGACCGAUCCGAUGGACGUACACCUUACGGGUUUUAGCCUGGGAGCUCAUGUAGCAGGAUGCGCUUCUGAAAUGUUGAAAAACUGGGGCCUUCUUCUUGGUCGUAUUACCGGUCUCGAUCCGGCCUCGCCAUUUUUUCGAAAUAAUUUUUUUCGGAAAAAGUCGAGAAAGCUCGACGUUAGCGACGCUUAUCUCGUUGACAUUAUUCAUACGGAUGGCUCGGAAAAUUUUAUCGAUGGAUUUGGUCUUCUCAAACCUAUCGGGCACAUUGACAUUUUUCCUAAUGGCGGUAAAGAACAACCAGGAUGUUCCGACGUUCAAAAUUCCGUUGUCGUCAGUCAUUUGAAAGAAGAACUGUUAGAUAGAGAAAUUGCUUGUAGUCAUGUAAGGGCUUGGCAACUCUACUUAGAAAGCAUAUUGACGCAAUCCCAAAAAUGCAAAUUUAUAGCAUGGCCCUGUCCUCAGGGAAUCAUUUCAUAUACAAGAGGAACUUGUUUCCCAAUGGAAUCUACUGGUUGGUCUCAAGAAAUGGGAUACAAAGCAAACCACGGCCCAUUGGGAAAUUAUUUUUUACCUACCAGAAGUGAACCACCCUUUUGUGGAGAACCAUUCAGAGUUACUAUAAGGACAGCUAUGGGUUUAACAAGAACUAUGGGAACAUUGAUUUUGAAAACGUAUCAAAAUAAUUCAACGACGACGUACAAAAUCAGUUGCCAAUUACCCAAACUAUACAAUCAACCAACGUUUUUCUACAAUAUCGCGGCGAAUGAUUUUUCAUCUAGUUUACAUAAAAUAACAGUUAUAAAAGGAACAAUACAAUAUUAUAAAACAAUCGAAAAAGAUGGAAAAGAGGAAAUAAUAGCCGAUUCCUCGGAUACUAUACUAUUGGACAAAUUGUUUCUUGAGAACAGGAAGGGAGAUAGAUGGGAAUGUUGCAAUUUAAAUUCUCCGAUUGGUAUAGAAAAGAUACCUGUGGAAUUCCAGAACAUAUCAUGCAACCAACAUUAAGAAAUUGUACUCUUUCA